AUGUCAAUACCUUGGUGGCAAGGUUACAUUCGCACUACAGCAGUCUUCGUCAUUGUUGUGGGCAUGAUCAUCUUGUGGGCUAUUCCUGUGGCGUUCACAUCCGCCCUAUCUCAACUCACCACUGCGGCGCACUCCUAUAGUUGGCUACGUUGGGUUCUGGCGAUACCAGCGUGGUUCCGAAGUGUACUUCAAGGUGUGCUGCCUGCAGCCUUACUGGGUUUAUUGUUGUUCCUGCUGCCACUGAUCUUGCGCUUCUUGUCGAAGACGCAAGGAUUGCAGUCAGGGAUGAUGGUUGAACUAUCGGUCCAGAAGUACUACCUUUUCUUCCUCUUCGUACAGAUCUUCUUCGUUGUCACUAUUGCAUCGUCUGCAGUCCAAUUCAUCUCGGCCUGGACCAGUAUCGAGGGGAUUUCCAACAUUCCUCAACUCUUGGGCCAAUCGAUACCAAAAGCAAGCAACUAUUUUAUCUCCUACAUGCUUCUGCAGGCCUUGUCAGUCAGCUCUGGAGCAUUAUUGCAAGUCGGAGCUCUGGUCGGAUGGUUCAUUCUAGCCCCAAUAUUUGACAGCACGGCGCGUUCGAAGUUCAAACGCCAGAUCAAUUUGUCCAGCGUUCAGUGGGGUACCUUCUUCCCAGUCUACACGAAUUUGGCAUGCAUUGGUCUAAUCUACUCGGUCAUCGCGCCGUUGAUCCUGAUUUUCAACAUCGUUACCUUCUCGCUGUUCUGGUUUGUCUACCGAUACAACACGCUUUACGUCACACGCUUCACCAUGGAUACCGGCGGUUUGCUGUAUCCGAAUGCCAUCAACACGACCUUCGUGGGCGUCUAUAUGAUGGAAAUCGCGCUGAUCGGAAUGUUCUUCCUCGUUCGAGAUGAGAACGAUAACGUUGCAUGCGAAGGACAGGCCAUUGCAAUGAUUGUCGUUACUAUCCUCACGGGCAUAUAUCAGUAUCUCCUCAAUCAAGCCUUCAGUCCGCUGUUCAGAUAUCUUCCGAUCACGCUGGAGGACGAUGCUGUGCGCCGAGACGAAGAAUUCGCGCUGGUCAUGCGCAAGAAGCACCGACAGGAGAACUGGGACAGAGAAAGCGAAGACUUAGAAGACCGACUUGAAGACAACGAGCGCCGCGAGCGUGCCGAGAACGACCAGCUCGAAGAACAUGAGCUUCGUAACAUCGAAGAUGACAAGCAGAGACGGCUAUCGAAACGCGACUCUCAAGGUAUACCUGAGCUCGAGCCGUACGAGUUCCAGAACCCGGAGAUCAUGGCGAGCAUCGACCAAGAAAGCAAGGGUUUUCAGAUACUCAAGAAGGCCGCCAAAAAGACGGCGGCGCCUUUGUUGAAAGUGCCUACGCGCGAGAGCCGCAAGUCGUCCUGGGCUGACCGAGACAAUGCUCGAAAUCGCAGAUCAAGCCAAUUCGGUGGCAACGAGAGCCAUUCGCGGGUCAGAGGCAGGUCAGAUUCGUACUCAGAACUUGCAGAUGAUCAACAUCAUGAUGGCCAUAACACAAGACGCAAGUCUCCGCCAAGAAAAGUGCUGGACCAGAUCAACGCAUUCAACCCCUUGACGGGCGACGAGAAAGACAUCGAGGCGCAGCGCAAUGCGCGGAAUCAGCUUGCAGAUGCGCUGUACGCUGGCCGCAACGACGAACUGGAGGACCUCACGCCCGAAGAGCGAGAUGCUUUGGUCCAGAGAGCGUUUCAGCAUAGCGCGCUGCGAGCUCGACGACCGGUCAUCUGGCUACCGAGGGAUGAGCUCGGGGUCAGUGAUGACGAAGUGAAGCGGAUGGGCCGGUUCAGUCGACAUCUGUGGGUGAGCAACGUCCGGCAGGGACUGGAUUCGAAGGGAAGGUGUGUGUACAGUGGUGCGCCGCCUGAUUUCAGCGAGAUUGACUUGAUCCGAUUGUGA